UUGCCUCCGUAGCGUCACCCUUUUUUCCACUUUCAUUUCGCGCUAAGAGGAACAAUAACACUAAUACUAGCAAAAGAGACAAAAGUACAGUCUACAAUGGACAACGGACACUCGGGCCUAUAUCCUCCAUUGGAGAGGAUACAGCGGGACGCGCAUGUGUCGUCAUUGGAGCAAUAUAAGGAGAUGUACCAGCGCUCCAUCGAGGACCCCGCCGGCUUCUGGGAUGAAAUCUCAAAACAAUUCUUUUGGAAGUCUCCCCCGACCGGCGAAUUCCUCCAGUAUAACUUUGAUUGCAACCAGGGCCCCAUCUCUAUAAAAUGGAUGGACGGAGCGCAGACCAAUAUAUGCUAUAACGCCUUGGAUCGUAACAUUGACCGGGGCAUGGGGGAUAAGAUCGCUUUUUACUGGGAAGGCAACAAUCCCAAUGACCAGGGCUCCAUUACCUUUAAGAAGCUUCUGGAAGAGGUCUGCAAAUUCUCCAAUGUUCUAAAAAAGAUUGGUAUAAAGAAGGGAGACCGAAUAGCCAUCUAUAUGCCCAUGAUAUUAGAACUCGUUGUUGCUAUGUUGGCAUGUGCCAGGAUCGGAGCUGUUCACUCCAUCAUUUUUGCUGGCUAUUCCUCCGACUCGCUGGCCGGUAGAAUCCUUGAUGCGAAGUGUCACGUAGUUAUCACUGCUGAUGGUGUGUGGAGAGGAGCCAAGUUGUUAAAUGUAAAGAAGAUAGUUGAUGAUGCUGUAGACAUCUGCACCAAAUCGAGUCACGAAGUUCGUACAUGUGUGGUCGUGAGACAUCUCUCUCCUUCAGAGGAAGACAUAAGCAACCUAAAGCAUGACGAGAAUACAGAACCACCUGCUACUCGACCCUCACUCAAACUCAAGAUCAACUGGCAUGAUGGAAGAGAUGUGUGGUGGCAUGAUAUAAUGACUGGACAGUCCACCGAGUGUGAGGCGGAGUGGAUGAUGGCCGAGGACCCACUCUUUAUGCUGUACACAAGUGGCUCCACUGGGAAGCCCAAGGGUGUGCUCCACACGGUGGCGGGUUACAUGUUGUACUCGGCCACAACCUUCAAGUUCGUCUUCGACUACCACCCGGGCGAGGUCUACUGGUGCACGGCUGAUGUGGGAUGGAUCACUGGACACACCUACACCUGCUAUGGUCCACUGAACAACGGCGCCACAGGAAUCAUUUUUGAAGGAGUGCCGUUUUUUCCCGAUGCUGGCAGAUUCUGGGCCAUCAUUGAGAAAUACAAAGUGGCAAAGUUCUACACAGCACCAACCGCCAUCAGGGCUCUCAUGAAAUACGACGACUCGUUUGUCACUAAGUAUGAUAGAAGCACACUGAAGGUCCUGGGCACUGUGGGUGAACCCAUCAACCCCGAAGCCUGGCUCUGGUACUACAACGUGGUUGGCAACAAGCAGUGUGCCAUUGUGGACACCUUCUGGCAGACAGAAACAGGAGGUCAUGUGAUUACCCCUCUCCCUGGUGCCACAACAACCAAACCAGGGUCAGCAACUUUCCCGUUCUUUGGAGUGGUCCCCGUCAUAUUGGAUGAGGAGGGGCGGGAGAUUACAGAGCCCAACAAGGAGGGAUAUCUGGUGUUCAAGCAGCCAUGGCCAGGUAUCAUGAGGACAGUGUACGGGAACCACGAGAGAUUCGAGACCACAUACUUCAAAAAAUUCCCAGGAUACUACUGCACAGGAGAUGGCGGGAAGAAGGACAGUGACGGCUACAUAUGGGUCACUGGACGAAUCGACGACAUGGUCAAUGUCUCGGGGCACCUGCUGAGCACCGCCGAGAUAGAGUCUGCCUUGGUGGAGCACCACAAGGUCGCGGAGGCUGCAGUGGUGUCCCACCCCCACAAAAUUAAGGGGGAGUGUACCUACUGCUUUGUCACCCUCAAAGAGGGUGAGACGUUCAGUGACGAGUUGGGCAGCGAACUCAAGACAAAAGUGAGAACCAAGAUCGGCCCAUUUGCAAUGCCCGAUUUUGUUCAGAAUGCGCCCAGUCUGCCCAAGACUCGCUCUGGUAAGAUCAUGAGGCGAAUUUUACGCAAGAUCGCGGUUGGUGACCGGGACGUGGGUGACAUCACGACCCUAGCAGACGAGACAGUGAUCGAGAGUCUGUUCAAUCUCCGCCCAGACGAUGCAUAAUAACCGGGGAAUCCGGGGCACAGGGACAAGGGACAUCGACAUUAAGUAUUAGGGACCUCACUCACAGCCAAAACUAAAAACUCAUCUCAUCGGAACAAAUUUUCAACAUCUGAAACCUUUUUUACUGUGCUUUAUUUGUUGUGUCUUGUCUCUAUGAGUUUUACUGUUAGUGAUACAAACUUUGUACAAAUCAUGUUGUGCAAUUUAUGGAGAAUAAUUAGUGCAAUUUACCAAUGUUCACAACUGUGAAUUCUAAUGUAGAAAUAAUGAUAGACUUGUAUAUAAACAGAAGUAACAGACAUACACCCAUUGACUGUUGUUGAUGAAGUACAGCUAUUGUAAGUUGAUACUAUAAAAUGAUAACCACAUUC